ACUUGCUAGUUGCUCUGUGCAUUAAUCAAUGAUUCUGUAAUUGACGUUUGCCAUUUGCGCAGCCGGCAUCAUAAUCUUUUUUCAUUCCUUGUACGCUGUGGUAACUAGGUACCUAGGUACUUAAUCUGUGAUUGCCUGUUGCGCUGUUUGCUGCGGUACGUGCGCUGGUAUAUCAUUUAGCUCAACUUGAUCUGUCCAUACUCCAUAUCAUCAUGAGUGUCGUUUGUGAAGGAAACGUUUGCCGUUUAGUGUUUCCAAUUGAUCAUUGGACUCAGGCCAUCAUGCAGGAUGAAUUGAAGUUUGCCGUUGUUUGUUCAUCCAACAUGAAUCGUAGUAUGGAGGCUCACGCCGUCCUGAGCCGCAGAGGUUAUCAAGUUAAAUCUUUUGGGACUGGAGACAAGGUAAAACUACCGGGUAGAGGGAACAAACCAAAUUGCUACGAAUUUGGCGUUUCCUACAAGGACAUAUAUAACGACCUUCUUGAAAAAGAUAAAGAAUAUUAUGAGAAGAACUCCGUUUUGAAUAUGCUCAUGAGAAACAAGACUCUAAAACCCUGUCCAGAGAGAUUCCAAGAUUCUACUGAUAGAUUUGAUAUUAUUAUAACUUGCGAGAAACGAGUUUUUGAUCAGGUCGUCGAGUGGUUUGUCUUAAAGAAACCUGAACAAAACAAACCCGUCAAUAUCAUAAAUAUUGAUAUUAAAGACAAUCUUGAGGAAGCUACUUUGGGAUCUUAUCUCAUCCUUGACCUUGCCACAAAACUAACUGAGAGCUCAGAUUACAAAAAGGAACUACAUUCUAUUCUUAAGGCUUUUCAAAGGAAAUGCAGGAAACAUGUAUCGGAUUGUAUCAUGUUUUAUUAGAUGCACUGUCAUGCCGGAAAGAUCUUUUUAGUUGCUUUUCUCAUAUUUUUGUUUAUGUAUAGCAUACAUUUUUAUUUAUCUAUUCUAGUCUUGAUAUCUAUUUACUGUUUGAUCUCAAAAAGCCACAUAUCAACUCUAAGAA